CACACUACGAAGUUCGCUGAGGAGGGCUACGGAGAUCGGGGAUCGCUGUUCGAGGACCUCAAAAGAUGAUCGGUCAUUUGGCAUGCACUGUGGUCCUGCUUGCUUUAACCGUAAUCUUUCUAGCGGUCGGUGGCUACUACACCUACAUGCAUCCCAAACAGAUUCAUCUGGAGAGCUGUUAUAAGAACGGUGGAUCCUGCCGAGAGUUGUGGAACUGCGAGGAGAGGUUUCAGAGUCGCGUCCUUACCACUUGCACCAACAAGCGGAAGAUCUGCUGCAUGCCGUCGAUACAGAUGAAAAGUCUCCAGGAUGCCGAGGAUUACGCCGAAUGA